AUGGCCGAUUCCCUGAGAGCAGCAAGAGGCCAACCGGUCCGCGGCAACCCGAGGACGUCCUCGCAGCGCUCUUCUGCAUUGUAUGACGAGCAGUACCUCCAGCCCAACUCGUCCUACGCGGCACGCCACAGCCUGCGCUCCGUUGAGUCACGCUUCUCGCUGAACGAGCACUUUGCCGCCACACGGCGCGAAUUUGAGUUCGGAUUCGACGAUGCCUCGUCGAUCCUCGAGCGCGCCACGCUCAUGUCGGUCGGCGGCAAUGAUGACACCCUGCGUCUUGACGGCCUCGGCCCCGAGUCCGGUGUAAGCGCCGAGGAUCAGCUGUUUUUGGACCUCCUGAGGCGCAACUACCAUGAGCUGCUCUGCAUCACCAGGGCCCAGUCCGCCUCCCCAGAACAGGUCCGGCGAGCCUACUUUAGACUAUUCCGCCUCCUGAAGACAGAAAAACUGUCUGGGCAGUCUCGUGUCCUUGCCAAUACCUACUUUGCUGUCGUUCAAGAAGCCUUUGAGACUCUCAUCGAGCCUUCACGACGGCUGCAGUACGAGCUACGGCUGCAGGAUACUGAGGUCGAUGAUGCUCUAAGCGAUGUCAGCAAUGACCCCAACGCCGCUAAUCUCAGCAACACCGACGCUGCUUGCCAGUUGCUACAGUGGCAGCAAGCUGAGUUUGCACCGGGAUCCGACAUUGGUGUCCGCUUCGACGGGAGCAAGGCUCUGCACCAUGCCCAGCGCAGGCAAGGUGUAAAAGGCAUGCUGGACCCGCUGGACUUCUCAGUCAGUCAGUCCAUGAGUGUCUUGCUCCCCAGGCUGGGGCAGGUCAGCGAGAGACUGUUGCAGUCAGCACAAGGCAAUCUCGGCCGGACGAAGAGUCACCAUGCGAUACCAAUACGCUGUGGUGUCCCAUUGUUCAGUGUCACGGCAUCGACAUAUGGUAUUAUGAGAGACUUGGCCUCGAUUCCUCCGAUGCUCCUAGCCGACCGCUACCAGCCUCUCCUCCCCGAGAUCGUAUCCAGGGAUCGCUUACCGCAACUCACGGCAAGUCGCCCUUCGCCGCUCGUGGCCGCACGGUAUCGGCAGGAGAUCUUCUGGCGUCCGACCAGUGCAGACCAGCACGUCCACAGCCUAGGUGGACCGCGCCUCCCAGAUACGGUGAUCGAGAUCGAGUCCGGCUUGCUCCCGGAACCGUCCUUGACGACCCGGAUCUCUAAUGUAUUACCAGUCGAGGGUGCCGAGGAGCCAAUCUACACCGAGCUUAUGGUGUCGAAGCCCAUCCGGCCGACGCCCCUCAAAGCUCCGCGACUAGGACUGGCUUUCCAUCGACGCUUGGGCGAAGGGAAUGCUUUCCUCUGCGCCGACAGUGGGGAUUGGGCUUUGCGGCCGACGGAGGAGACCUGCAGGUUCUUCGAUGAGUUCUCCAAGUUUGGCGGGAAGAUGCCGCUCAACGAUAUCCCCUUGCGAGUGGCGCCGACUGUGGAGGUCGGCUACAACUUCAGUUCUCGUCAAAUUGGGCUUCAGACGGGACAGGCUCUGACGAGGUCGGCCGACAGAGGUCUCAAGGGACUUGACAGAGAUAUAGACUUCGCCACCGGUGGUGGCUCCUGGACCGUCUCAGCAGCAACGAGCUCCAGCUCGGCGGCCGGAUAUCUCCGCUACGGUUGCGAACUUGAUCUGCCUUUCCUCCCAUCGUCAUCGACAUCACAGCCUUUACACCUGGAAGCCGAGCUGUGUACGUCCGACCCAUUGCUUUCCGGCGGGUAUCUCGCCGUAAGGGCACUCAAGCGCAUCGGGCUCCUGUCCAAACUCGGCCUGGAGGUUGGCGUGACCCCAUACAACCUGCAGGUCUCGCUGUACUGGUCCCGCAGCAACCAGCGCCUCAAGCUGCCGCUCCUCCUCGCCAACUCGUCGACCACGCCCAGGCUCUUUUCCGCGCGGACGCUGUUCUGGGCCUCCGUAGUCCCCUUCGCCACCCUGGCGGCCGUCGACUUCGUGUCCCGCCGCUGGCCGUCUCGCCCCCGGGGCAGCAAGACGCGGCGGCUGGCCGACCUGAGCAGGGAGCAGCUCUCGGAGCUCGUGUCCCGCCGGCGCGCCGAAGCCGACGAGCUGACGGCCCUGCUCGCUGUCGCCGUCGAGCCGCGGCAGGCCGUCGAGCGGGCGCGAGGAGGCCUGGUGGUGCUCAGCGCCAAGUACGGCGUCAAGGAAGGCGACGCGUGGGUCGCCGACGAGGAGGUCGCCGACGUGACCGUCGCCGUCGCGGCGCUGGUCACGGCCGCAGACGAGGACGAGUCCUUCAACGACGCCGGUGCGGACGGUGGCGCGGGCACGCCCCAGCUGCUGAUACCGGCGGGGUUGCGCAAGAGCAAGAUCCUUGGGUUCUGGGACCCGGCGCCGCUGAGGAACAAGGUCCUGCUGGUGAGAUAUCUCUGGAGAGGAAGAGAGGAUGUCGUGGAGGUGAAGGGGCGAGAGGAGCUGAAGCUUCCCUGA